GGUGUUGUGUGUGUGGAGUGGGGCGGUGUGAAAUGUCCUGGUGACGCUUGCAUUGUAGUAAUGGCUGACAGUCUGUAUCGCAACUGAGGGAGGGAUUGGCGGCUGCCUCAGGACGUGGUCUGAGUGCCCAUCCCCACUGUUUGUGCACUGUAUUCCUGCAGCACUCACCCGAUGGCAUGUCAUGUUUAACUGUGGUGAGAGUGAGAAUCUAAUGGCUACCAACCACUCCUUGACAGUGUCCGAUCACACAGCAGAUGAAGCUGUACGGUCCACAUGUGAUGAUGCAACAGUGUGUAAAAGAUUUGCAGUGAGUCUGAAUUACUGGAAGGAUCCAUACAUACAGUACUUUACAAAGCAACCAAAUGAAAGAAAAGCUCCUGAAAUAAACAGAGGUUAUUAUGCUCGUGUAAAAGCAGUGAAUUUAUUACUGGAUGCUUUUGUAAAGAAAACCAACUGUGAUUGUCAAGUUCUAAACCUGGGCGCAGGCUUGGACACAACUUUUUGGAGACUGAAGGAUCAAAACAUCCUUCCAAAAAAAUACUUUGAAAUUGACUUUCCAAUGAUUGUCAUGAGAAAAAUACACUUAAUUAAAACAAAGCCUCCGCUGUUAAAGCCAAUUCUAGAAACCCAUUCAAGUAGUAGCCUGCUGAUAGAUGGUUGCAGCAUGGACUCUGAUCAUUAUACCAUUGUUGGGCAAGAUCUCCGUGACCUCCCAACGCUGUUGGAAAGAUUGAAGAAAUUUGGUCUGGAUACAAAGUUGCCAACAUUGCUAAUGGCAGAAUGUGUUCUCAUCUAUAUGACACCCGAACAAUCUGCAGAAUUGAUAAAUUGGGCUUCAAGUACUUUCAGUACCACCAUGUUUAUUAAUUAUGAGCAGGUGAAUAUGACUGAUCGCUUUGGCCAGGUGAUGAUAGAAAAUCUACAGCGACGGCAGUGCAACCUUGCAGGAGUUGAUGUCUGUCACACUCUGGAGACGCAGAAGAACCGGUUUCUUUUGAAUGGUUGGGACAAUGUGAAUGCCUUGGAUAUGAUGACUGUUUAUAACAGCUUACCACAAGUAGAUGUUCAAAGGAUAGAGCAACUCGAAUUCUUGGAUGAGAAGGAGCUUUUACAGCAGCUACUGCAGCAUUAUUGUAUCUGCUGGGCCACGAAAGAUAGUGAAGAUUUUGGUAUUGGUGACAUUAUGUUUGGGAGCAUUUGAUUUCCAUUGACAAGCUACUUCAAGCCUGAAAUGACAAAUCCUGCAAUUAGUUUGCAUGAAAAACAGAAUCUACUAAAGCUGUAAUGGGACAGUGCCUUUGUGAUUAAGUGUUUGUUGAUGUGCAACAGAAAAGGUUGAUAUUAAACCAUUUUGUGAACAAAGCCUAUAAUGUAUGUCAGAUUAACAAGCUAUUGUUUUGCAUUAAAAAUAAUUAUUUUUUAAAUUUGUGACAGCCACAAAAUUCUGAGUUACAAUCAAAAUGUUAAAAGUAUCAGGUUUGCUAGUACCAUCAAUUAUUUUUCAUUAAUUCACAAAAACAGUGUGCCUCAAAUGCUAUAGAUAAUGAACAUUUCUGCACAGUAUUGUUAUGGAUUAUUUGAAUGAGAAAUUUUAUUUGGGAUAUAUCUGCACUGAUGCAUGAAUUGGUGAGCUGAUGUGUGAACUGAUAUGAUUAAUGCUGGUACAGCCUGGACCUUACAGUUGCCACUGGCAGACCAUGCCCACUGAACUGAGAGCAAACCUUCGGGUCACUGGCAACUGCUGGAUCAUCAAUAAAAGUGAAGAUUCAUAUUACUAAAAAUUUACAAAACACUUUAUAAAAAUCCUGUGGAGCAAACUGUAUAGAUGCUGGUAAAACAAUUAUUGCAUUAAGUUUAAAAUUAGAAGAAAAGGAAAUUACCUUGCAAUUACUUGCCUGCCUCACCAAAAUUGUUGUUCCUCUUAACAUAAUAUGGCUGAUUUCUCAGCCUAAGCCUUGGUUCUGGGAAUUGUAUGGAAGUUUCCACUUGCUGCAUAAUUGUCCAGAGGAGCAAUUAGCUGAGCAGAAUUUCAGGAAUCCUGCCCCUGCAGGGGAACCCCACAUCUUCCCACAAUUACCUGGGUAGUAGCUGUCAGCUGUCAGCUUUUUAGUAAGUUAAAUUGCUUUUGUUAUUAUCUAAUAUGUACUCUUCUAUAUAUCUAAACUGCCCAUGUCAGUUCAUAUGACAUUAGUUUGAUUGGUUCAUUGCACACAGUGAUUAGUCAGUUGGCAUUAACUGUGGCUUACUCAUCAGUGCACUCAUCCCAGGCUCACUCACUCCAGCAACUUGAGUACUAAAAGUUUGGCUCAUGCUUCAGUACUGAGGGGGUGCUGUAUGGCUGGGAGCUUUUUGCUAUGUCCUUUAUUGUCAUGGAUAAAUUUAAAGGCUAGUUAUGGUUUUAGAGUUGGUCAUUGAAUCCCUAGAGUUACAGUUAAAAGCUGAAGCACAGUGUGAUUUCAGAGACAUAAGUCAUUCAUUAGUGUGUUUUUCAGGAAGUGACCCAGAUUAAUGUUUGAGAUGCACCACAAGCACUUAAGGUCUAUCUACGUUAAACACCUAAUCAAAACAGAACUGAGGCUUGAGUGCUCCAUUGCAAGACUCAUUUAUGCUCAACUAAUGACUAUAGUUAUCUCCUUAUGUUUGAAAAAUAAUGCCAGUUUAUACCAGUAGCAACAGUCAGUCUGUUAGUUCAAUCGCUUUUGGACCUACUGUUAGUUGGAUUAAAAUAAAACAGCUAUUAAUGCUGUUUUCUUCAAAGCGCCUGAUAUGAAUGAAGUAGAUAAAUCCAUUAACGUAAGCAAAGGCAUUCUGUUUCAUGUUCAUAUAUUUUGUUUGUUUGUGAUCAAUAAUAAAAAAAUAGAAACAGAUACUGGGAAGUACUCAUUAUUCACUAAGAAGAAAGACACAUUCAAGGAGCAAGAGAGUAACAUAUUCAAGUAUUUUAAAAUUAAGAAGAAGGAAGUACUGAAUUUGAUUAGAUGUACCCCGGAUUGCUAUGGGGAAGGAAACAUGAGAGGAGAUUGCUUGGGAUCUAUUGGACAGUUUUGCAUCUUUGUUCCUCGUAGGUGAGGUGCAAGUUGAUUGGAGGAUAGCCAAUUUUUUUCCUUUGGUCGAGAAUGACAGCAAAAUAAGCCAUGUUGGUGGUAGGGAAACUACAAGAAAAAAAAUCUUAAAGGACGGGAUUUAUCUUCACAGAAAGAUAGAAAACCUGCAGCACAAUACAGGCCCUUCGGCCCACAAAGUUGUGCUGAACAUGUCCCUACCUUAGAAAUUACCAGGGUUACCCAUAGCCCUCUAUUUUUCUAAGUUCCAUGUACCUAUCCAAAAGUCUCUUAGAAGACCCUAUCAUAUCCGCUUCCACCACCGUUGCCAGCAGCCCAUUCCACACACUCACCACUCUCUGCGUAAAAAAAAACGUACCCCUGACAUCUCUUCUGUAGCUACUUUCAAGCACCUUAAAACUGUGUCCUCUCAUGUUAGCCAUUUUUUUUAAAUGCAGAUGCCUGGACAUCUUAAACAGAAACAAUGUUCUGGAACUACUCAGCAAGUUAGGCAGUGUCUGUGGAAAGUGAAACAUUUCAGGUUGUAGGAGCAGAAGUUAGUGUGGUGUUUGACUGAAGUUCUUGGUUUAUGUUGGAGUCCAAGAACACCCCCACUGCACCAAAUGCAGAUGGUGUCUGCAAAGGAAUGAGGUUAAUAAUUUGUUAAUGCAAUCUUUUGAUAAUGUUUUAUCUUAAUAUAAUGUGCUAAAUCUUUAUACUUUG